GAGGGCAUGGGUACGAGGCAAGUUAGAACGGUUGUCAGCUAUGAGCAGCAAUCACAUACGCCGUAAUGCCAUAGCGUAUGCUGCUACAACACUAGCGUCUAGUAUGAUGGGCACUGCGUUCAACUAUUAUUAUGUGAAGGUUUUUCUUCAUCACUACAAAAUAUCAGAAACUUGGUUUUACGUAGCUCACACUUCCUACAUGAUUUGGAAUGCUGUCAAUGAUCCGGUCUUCGGAUGGUUGCAAGACACAUCUAAAGUUUCAUGCAUUCGACGACGUCAUCUUGCUAUUUUGUAUGGUGCACCAAUUUUUGUGUUGAGUUUCCUGCUUCCUUGGUUUUCAUGGGGUGAAGAUGAUUCACUUCCAUGGAUUGCUGGUGUGCACCUCAUCAUUUCGUUGUGGUUGUAUGAUGCCAUGUUCACAUAUGUUCUACUGGCUCAAUGUGCCCUGUUUGCGGAGAUAUCUCUGGACUCAGAAGAACGUCAUGUUGUUUUAAGAUACAGCCAAGUAGCUUCUAUCAUUGGUUCUACAUCUGUGUUUUGGUGUGAAUUGUUGUCACACAAUCUUGAUGACAUUACACGCUUUCAAGUCUGCUGUGUUUGUAUUGCUUUGUUGAGUUGGAUAAGCAUGACCUACUCUGGUUCCACAGUGAGAGUAGCAUCUGAGGUUGCACUUUCAGAAGGUGAUAUUAAAAAACGAGGGCAACAACUAUCGAUGAUGACUCUUAUUUUACAGCUGGUCAGAAAUAAGAACUUUAUGUGCUUUAUCACAGUGAACUUUUUACAGAUAUUUCACAACACAUUUGGAGCAAAUUUCUUUUCAAUGUUUUCAAACUAUUUUCUUAGUGCAGACGAAGUUGGCUCAAUGACUAAGACUCUUCUGGCAGGAUCAGCAUUUGCAAUACCUCAGUUGUUUGUGCUGAUUGCCAGUCCCUGGUUGUCCACUCUCGGUUCCUAUUAUCUUAUUCUGUACUCAUUUUACCUGAAGCUUUUCUUAGCAUCAUUUAUGUACAUAAUGGGAUCAUCACAUGUCUUUUUACUGGUGCUAUUCUUCUUUCUUGAUCGGACGGUGCCAGAAGCAGUGUUUUCACUGUUUGUGUUGCCUUUGUCAGACAUAAUUGAUGCAGAUAGAAUCACACACAAGCGUAGUUCGCCAAUAUCAUCAACAGUAUUUGGAACGAAUGCACUGUUUACAAAACCAGCGCAGUCUCUGGCUCCAAUGAUUGUUGUUAGAAUUCUGUCGUCAUAUGGCUACAGAAAUCAAGGCUUAACUCUUGGAGAUCAAGCAGUGAAUCUGUCAGCUAACACGGGAAGUGCAUCUGAGCUGGGGAAUGUCAUGUUUCUUAUUUUGUGUGGAAUACCGUUGGUGGUAUCUUUGCUUCAAAUAAUGGUGUGGAGUCAGUAUACUCUGAGAAAAUCAACCAACACACAGGGACUACACCUGGAGGUAGGUGCAGAGAAUUUGAUUCUUGAUGAUUGAAACUUGAUCAAGUGACUGGAAAAAAAUUUACGAGUGUAGUGACUGUUUAGUUUAUGAUAUACAACAGCAUUGCAAUUAAGAAUCUUGUAAACAAUUUUACUGAUAUGAAAUGAGACUUGCAAGAAUUUCAAGAGCUGGAUAGCAGUGUCACAGAUUUGAUGUCAAUUACAAUAAUUUUUGCUUUAAUUAACUAACAACAGUCU